AUGCCUCUUCCCCGCCCGCUUUCCAAAGCCAUUCAAACGGGCAUUGGACUCUCGCAGGAAUGGAAAGCAGACAAAGCGGCACGCAAGGAGCAAGAAUCCAAUAACGCGACGACGACUACCGCUACGGGGUCUGUCGAUCCGCCCCCGUAUGCAGAGAAUCAGAAGCAGGACGACAGUUCCGACGAUGAAGAGAUCGACGAUGAGACUUGGGCACAGGACCUCGAUGCCGCGCAGUUGGAGACGGUUCCGUCUCAUGUAUCCGCGACGGAAGAUUUCGACGAGAAGAAGUGGAUGGACAGAUUUCUGCAUGCCCAUCCUGCGCCUGCAAAACAACUGGUGCAGCCGUUGUCAAUGCCAGUGAUUCUUCCUGAGCGACGCCCGGGCUUCAAAGGCCGUGGUUUUGUGCGUGCCUACGCUCCCGUGCUCCAAGAGGCGGGCAUUGACCAAGACACGUGGAUCGAGCUUGUCAAGGCUUUCGAUCAAUCGAUUGCCAACAACAAGUGGUUCCACGUCGCCAACGUGGCUGUCUGGGUGGCGGAGAAGGUGCGUUUCGCGAUCCAAGGCUUCUCCAUUAUUGCAACGUUUGUCGUGUUGGCGGUCCACGUUUCCGUCGAGGUGGGGCGAAGGGGCUACAUGAAUGUUGAGUCGAACAAAUUCAUGACCCGCAUGAACGAGGAGUUCUUCAAGCCUCGUGGACUGUACGCAAUGGUCAUCAAAUACGACCCCAAGUCUGAUGACCCGGAGGCGGACGUGGACAUUUCGGCGGGCAUCAACCAAAAGGUGGCCAAGCGCGACGACAGCGAACGGUCGAAGUGGAAGAACAUCUACCAAGGGACGGCAGGCAAGACGAAAGAGGACGAGAUCCCCGACUUUGCACCGCUCGAGUUCCCGCAGCUGGACAAUCUCUCGGAUGGACAAAAGGAGAAUGCGGUGAAGCAUUUUGGCCACUUUCUCGGCGAUUACUAUGAUCGUAGAGGUCAAGCCAAGUUCGAAAACGCCAAUGCGGAUUCGAAACUGGCCGGGGUGACGGGGGAAAAGCAGUUCGCGAGCAUCUAUUCCGACCCGAAUCAUCCCGUGCAGUCGGGAAGACUGGUAGAGACCUUGACUGGGGGAAAGCACCGAGGACCAUUGGGAAGACUCACCAACCGCCGGAAGCAGAGAAAGAGCAGGCUGGGCCUCAGCGGCGAGACGGGCAGACAGAAGCGGAAGCAAAAGGGCUUACGAGGAGGGAUCAAGAGCUUCUUGAAGCCCGACACGCUCUACCUCAUGGUUGUCAACAUGCCCACGGAAGAGGAGGUUGACCUGGCUUUGCAAGAGUUGGAGGAGGCGAGUAAGCAGCAAGGGGUGCAGUUUGAUGCUCAGGCGAUCAGAGAGAAGCUUGGCUACGGCGACUCGUUGCUUGGCAGGCGACGGGGAUAG